AUGAUCAAGUCUUUGGCUCUCUUUUCUCUUAUUGCCGCUGCUUCGGCGCGCAAGUGCACAAACAUCACAGUCCCUGUAUCAAUCACCUCCGAGAAUGCAGUUUUUAGCAUUGAGGCGCCUGUCACUGAGAUUGACGUUACAAACCUUGCUAUCAAUCUUGCUCGACAGGGUGGUACCCCGUAUCCUCAAACCAUCCAGACGGGUAAAGCCAACAUUACAGGUACUUAUGAUCUCGCAGCUACAUACUGCGAACCCGAUGCCGGUCCUGGAGAGCAACUCCAGAUCAUGACGCAUGGCAUUGGCUUCGAUCGGAGUUACUGGGACUUUCCCUUCAAUAACUACAACUACAGCUACGUCGCCCGCGCGGUAGACGAGCACGGCUACUCAACCCUGACAUGGGACCGUCUCGGCAUCGGCGCUUCAUCCAAGGGCGACCCCGUCAACGAGAUCCAAGUCUUUCUCGAGAUCGCAGCUCUCAAAGCCCUCACCACGCACGCCCGUCAAGGAUCCCUCCCCGGCGUUGGCUGCGGCGGAUACUCCAAGGUUGUCCAUCUAGGCCACUCCUUCGGCUCUGUUAUUACCUACGCCCUCGCCAACGAAAGCCCCGAGCUCAGUGACGCCAUUGUCUUGACUGGUUUCUCCCAGGCGACUGCUUACCUGCCCUGGUUUGCGGUCGCAUCCAACUUUGUCCCUGUUGUCGACUCACCUAUUUAUCCUCCUGGAUAUGUCGCUCCCGCGUCGACUGUUGGAGUUCAGAUCAACUUUUUCGCUGAGGGUGACUUUGACCCUGAGUUCUUGAAAGUAGCUUUCGAGAAAGGCCAGCCUGUUUCGCCUGGUGAGCUGUUGACUCUGGGUGCGCCGGCCGGCGUGAACAACACAUAUACUGGACCAGUCCAGAUUAUUACAGGUGCACGCGACAUUCCCUUUUGUGGUGACAACUGUUACUCGACUGCCAGUGUGGGCGGCAAGCUUCCUUCGCUGCUCGACUUUUCCAAGCAGUUCUUCACUCAGGCUUCACGGUUCAACACGACUGUUGUUCCGGGUGCUGGACAUGGAUUGAACUUUGGAUACUCACACACGUUUACUUAUGAUUCCAUUUUUGACUUUCUUUCUGAAUGA